CUUGAACCGACUUCCGCUAUAACGGAAAUGACGUCAUCAUAGAGCGUACUCUCUGACGUUCAGAUAAAACAACUGAAUGUUUGUCAGAUUAAAUCAUAAAUGUACACUUAUAUUUAGGAAUAGACAUUAUUUUUACAUGCAGUAACCUAAUUGAUCUUUAAUUGUUCAUCGAGAGCGCGAGUUCAGCAUCUUAAUGAAUGAAAAGAUUUAACACAGACACGUGCAGUCAUGUUUACAGAUAUGGAUUAUGAGCUGGAGGAAGACAAACUUGGGAUUCCUACAGUUCCAGGAACAGUGACUCUAAAGAAAGACCAACAGAAUCUGAUUGGGAUCAGCAUUGGGGGCGGAGCUCAGUUCUGUCCCUGUCUCUACAUCGUACAGGUGUUUGAUAACACUCCAGCAUCUCUGGAUGGGACUCUGGCCGCUGGCGAUGAGAUUACCGGGGUGAACGGUAAACCAGUAAAAGGAAAAACUAAAGUGGAGGUGGCCAAGAUGAUCCAGACAGUUCAGAGUGAAGUUGUGAUUCAGUAUAAUAAACUCCAGGCCGACCCAAAGCAGGGCAAAUCUCUGGAUAUUGUUCUGAAGAAAGUGAAGCAUCGUCUGGUGGAGAAUCUGAGCUCAGGAACAGCAGAUGCUCUCGGUCUCAGUAGAGCCAUUCUGUGUAACGAUGGUCUGGUGAAGAGACUGGAGGAACUGGAGAAAACGGCAGAACUUUAUAAAGGUCUGAUGGAUCACACUAAGAGGCUGCUCAGAGCUUUCUAUGAGCUCUCUCAGACACACAGAGCGUUUGGCGAUGUUUUCUCUGUCAUCGGUGUUCGUGAGCCACAGGCCGCAGCCAGCGAGGCUUUCGUGAAGUUUGCUGAAGCUCAUCGUAACAUGGAGAAGUUUGGCAUCCAGCUGCUGAAGACCAUCAAACCUAUGCUGCACGAUCUGAACACAUAUCUGCACAAAGCCAUUCCAGACACCAAACUCACCAUCCGAAAAUAUCUGGACGUUAAGUUUGAAUAUCUGUCGUACUGUCUGAAGGUGAAGGAGAUGGAUGAUGAAGAAUACAGCUGUAUCGCUCUGGGUGAUCCACUGUACCGCGUCAGCACCGGUAACUACGAGUACCGUCUGAUUCUGCGCUGUCGUCAGGAAGCUCGCGCUCGCUUCGCUAAAAUGCGCAAAGAUGUUCUGGAGAAGAUCGAACUGCUGGACCAGAAACAUGUUCAGGACAUCGUCUUCCAGCUGCAGCGCUUCGUCUCGGGAAUGUCUCAUUACUAUGACGACUGUUACGCUGUCCUGAAAGAGGCGGACGUGUUCCCGAUCGAGGUGGAUCUGUCCAGAACAACGAUCAACUACAGUGGACAGAACCUCUCCUAUGAAGAUGAGGAAGAGGAGGAGAACAGAGGAGCAGAGCAAGAUCUACAGCAAACAGAGAACGGAGCAGAGAAACUCGUUGAUGAUGAAUGAGUGAAUGAAAGUACAUGAGGAAAUGAAUGAGUGAGUGAGUGAGUGAGUGAGUGAGUGAGUGAGUGAGUGAGUGAGUGAGUGAGUGAGUGAGUGAGUGAGUGAGUGAGUGAGUGAGUGAAUCAGUGAGUGAUUGAACUACUUCAGUGAGGUGAGUGAACUACUUCAGUGAGGUGAGUGAAUCAGUGAGUGAUUGAACCACAUCAGUUAGGUGAGUGAUUGAAUCAGUAAGUGAUUGAACCACUUCAGUGAGGUGAGUGAUUGAAUCAGUAAGUGAAUGAGUAAAAUGUGUGCUCUGGGGUUUAAAGGUUUGUGCACACAGAACAUUUUAAAUAAUUAUAUCAUUUUAUUGCUGUUCAAACAUUUCAAAUCAAAGGGACCUUAAAUCUAAUGGAUUACUUGAAGCUCGUGGAUCUGAUAAGGUCUGGUGGAACUCAUGUAUUCAAUUGUGUUUGCACAACAAAGUUUUUGCCUUAUUUAUUUAUAUUUUACUAUCACUUAAACACUGGAUGAAUAUAUUUUGAAGUUACUGCUACAGAUCUAAGUGUCAUGGUGUUUCUGUCUGUCUAGUUUCGUUUGAUUUUCUUGUGAAUUUAAUCAUUUGUGGUAUUUUCUAGAUGAGGUUUGGGGUGGUGGGUAAUGUAUACACCUGUGAUAUGACUACUAAACAUGAUGAAGGUGAAAAGCAGCAUUAUUUAAACAAGAAACCUCGACAAAUAUGAAUCAUGUUAAUGCGAAUGAAUAUAUAAAUCUAACUUUAUUGACAUUGAGAAAUGAGUCUUCUUUAAUGUAUAUUUCAGAUUAUUUUAUUUGUAGUGAUUGUUAAUCUGAUCCCGGUAAUUCACAGAUAAUAAAAGUGCAUUUAUGUAAACGUA